GACGGACAAUUUAUUCGAUGUACUUGCACCCGUCGGGCCCGUACCAGACGCACCUGCUAGUGCUGAAGCGCCCAGAGUGUCUCAGGUCUCCUCUGCCCUUCAUGCCCUCGAGCAAUCGCUCAAGACGGGAACAUCAUUUGACAUAAUAUUUCAAGCUUACACUUGUUGCUUGUCCCCCGGAAAGGUCGCAAAACCAAUGCCGAUUUAUGCAAGCACUGCUGUGCUGCAAACAACUUUACCAGACUUUUCUGGAGAAACUCUCGAUUUCACCUCCCUCUUUGAACCGUCUGAAGGCGUCACUCUCCCUUUCACUUCCCUGGAGGGUUAUGAAUACGAAUCUGACAGUGAUCUGGACCAUGACGACGACGACAAUCCCACACCAGUUGACAAUGAACCACGCGAAGACACGACCGAUACUGGUUCAAUCUCGUCUUUCUCCAGCAUUGAAGCUGGGCUUCAAGAGAAGCCAGACAAUCGGCCAUUGCUUUCGGAAGGUCAUGGGAUGGUACCAGUUGUGAUCAACGAGAACUUGAAGCGCGGAUUCCGAGUCGCCCUCGUAAAAGGUGUUGCCUGGAAGACGUGGCACGCCUUCAUUUAUUACUGUUACACCGGCAUCAUCAACUUUGCAAAUCUGCGGUCUCAAAGGAUACCCACUGCAACGCUUCAGCAGAGUCGCUUAGAAAGUGGUCCACCGCGUUGCUCCCCAAAGUCGAUGUAUCAACUUGCUAGGAAGCUUCACAAUGAACCAUUAUCUCAACUUGCUUUACAUAAAGGGUAUGGAGACCAGGUUGUCCGCGGCCAACAUAUUGGACGAGGCAUUCUCCAAAUUCACUUCCAGGCACGACGCUGUCAGAGAAAUGGAAAUUGCCCUCCUGCUGAAAUAUAGGAGUGCAUCAGAAGUUCUGCAGGGUCUCCCAACUAAAAUGGAAGCUGUGGCUAGAGGCAAUAUACCCAACGCUGGACAAGUUCUCACUGCGUU